AUGAAUAUAAAUAAUACUUCAACAAUUAAAACAGAAACUACAACGACUACAACUACAACAACAACAACAACAACAACCACGACUACAACAACAACAUCUACAGCUGUAGUAAAUACCUCUGAUGAUAUUGAUGCUGUAGAUAGUCAAGUCAAAUCUAAUAGAUCAUCUGCAAGAAAAAAGAAAUCCAGUCAAUUGAAAACAAUAGAUUUCAAUUCAAGUAAAGAUGAAUUAUUAGUGUUAAAGAAAGAUCAACUCUUUCAGAUAUGCCAAGAUAACAAGAUCAAAGUUAACAAAUCAGCGAGUAAACUACAGCUUGUAGACUCGAUUGUAGAGGGUCGAGAUGUUCAGAGACAACUAAAAAAGCUAUUGGUUGACGACAAUCCUGCAUCGCAAUUCCACCGUGGUCAUGUCGAAUACAAUCUACCGGUGCUCAUCAUCCUGAAGAUCUUCCGAUACUCUUGGCAGAUUUCAACCACUCAUUGCACUCCAUUGUUUUCGUACUGCAAUGCACUCAUACUGACACAGAUCAACAAACAAUUCUUUGGUUUAGUCAGUCGUAUGUUUGACAAUGUCUAUUUGAAACAACGAGUCACCUCUAAAUCCAAAGGUUACAAAAAGAAUGGAAAAUGGCAAUAUUCCGUUACCACUUAUGAUCCUCAAGUCAAUAGACUCACCAAUACAUGGUGUCCAAUCAAGAAUAUAGUCAAACUCAAAGUAAAUCAUUGUAUGUUUGGUCUGUUGAUGAAAAAAGAAUCGGUUCACCUCCAACAUAUUCUCUCGUCGGUUGAAAAGCUACAUAUCGAAUGGGAUCGAGCAUCAUCUACUGAAUUUGCAUCUACCGUCUUCAAGAAUAUGGCAUUCAUAGUGUCCAAGCUUCGUUACUUAAAGUGUCAGAUCGGAAUUGAUAGCAAAAACUACCGACAGAUUGCAAAGAUUAAGACACUAAAGAAAGUGACAUUCACCUAUAGAUCUGACAAUCUUGAGCGAAUUCUGUUCAGCAACCUUCCUUCACUUGAACAAAUCAAUAUUGUACUCUUGGAUAUCAACUUGAUUCCAAAGGAAUCGAGAAGUUCAAUCAAAGAACUUGGCUUUGUCAAUCUCAACGAAAAAGUUCAUCGUAAUAUGGAUUUCCCGAAUUUACAAAAGAUAUCGUUUGCAGAGCUGUCAAACAAAGAUUUGUUUACACAUUUCAACCCUGCUACUUUCAACAUCACUCAUCUAUCGGCAUACUUGAAGUAUGAUACUCAUCUCUGGUUUGAAGUGAUCGGUUUAUUGAAAAACUUAAUCGUAGUUGAGGAUCAAACCAUUCAUCAUGAUAAGAAAUGUGGGGAAUCUAUCUGUGAAAACUACAUUAAAGUUGAUUGUCCAUCAUCACUGUCAAGAUUCAUUAUUCACACAAAUAACAAUAACUUUGAUGCCACCAAUCAUUUUCUUCAAAUAGGAUUGCAAUAUUCAUACUACUCUUCAAACUAUCAAACUUUUACUCGUUCCAGAAAACUAGUUUAUCACGUUUAA